CAUAAAUUUUGUAAUCCAAGUGGAUUUAAAUUUACAUACAAGUUCACCUGUUACGCACCGUAUAAAUAUGGAAAAAUAUUCACCACUUCAUACAAGUAAGUACCAUCCGUUACGUUCAUGUUACGUGUACUUUUACAGUUGAAUACUAAUUUAAUAGUAUUGUUUCCAAUGAACAGAAAUGAUGAGUAAACCAAGAACAGCAGGCGAUGGUAUGGAAUCUGAUGAAUCCACAACAGAGAAAGGGAUAAAAACUAGAACUAAGGAAGUUGACAAAAACAUCCCCCUUUCAGGAAAACUCAUACAAAUAUAUCCUACCAAUGUGUUACGUUCUGAAAAGAAAAAGUCGAUAAAUUCCAAAACUCCUAAAUUCGUGCCUUAUGAACCAUAUGCUGGUGCAGUGAAACCUAUAACUCCCAACAGUGUUUCUAAAGGGUCUAAAAAAUCAAGAAAUAACAUGGACAUUAACACUCUCAUAUCUCAAAUGUCUCAGAUGAAUACAAAUUUAAAUGAGUUCAAGCCUCGACAAAAACUAUCUUCUAGUAGUGACAAAAUAAGUGCUGAAAGUAAUAAAGAAUGUGCAGAAAAAGCUGAGAUAGAAAAAAGGCUUAACCUCAUCUUAUCAGAAAAUGAGUCAUUGAAGGAACAACUGAAGCAGCAAGUUCAGGUCAAUAAAGAACUCAAGACUAUGCUAGUUGCUUCUAUGGGAGAAGAUUUGGAAACACAAGUUCAGUCUCUGAAUGAAGACAAGAAACAUUUAGCAAAUGCUUUGCUUAAUUCUGCUCAACACCUCUCUACUCAUCAGGUAAUACUCUAAGAGCUAAAGAAAUGAUAUUAAUUAAUUAUAAUGUUACACCAAAAUAAUACUGUACAUUUAUAAACAGGAACAGACGGAGUGGUUAGCAGGUCAAUGUGAAGUUUGGAGGAGUAAAUUCCUUGCAAGCAGUUUAAUGGUAGAGGAGCUAGCAAACUGUAAGAAAUUAUUAACUGAGAAGACUGCAAAUCUUCAACAAGCAAUAAAAAAAAUAUUGGAUGAAAGAUGUAGAGUGAGAGACAUGAUGCUCUGUGCCUAUCGGAACUUGUACAGUCUUCAUGAAAAGUUUCUAGAAAAUAUUGCCAUCUCUGAGUAUACAGGAACUAGCAAUUUGUAUAAUCGACCUAUAGGCAAUUUAAAUUUUAAUGUGACAAUGCCACAUUCUACUAACAUCCUCGACAUGGCAUCAAUGAACUUGAAAUUGUCUGAAAAUAUAAGUAGUAAUGUUCAGAAGCAGGAUAUAAGUCACUUAGAUAAUUUGCUGACCAUAACUGAAGGCGAAAAAUAUGCGGAAGAUGUAAUGGCAACACCAGUGGAUGAGAAAAGAACGAAUGAUGAACCACUUAAUGCAUUGGUUCACCAUGCAUAUAGCAGUAGUACAACUACUGCACGGCCAGUAGCCUCUUGUGUACACUGCACCGGUAGGGUACAGCUACUAUAAAAUGACAACAGAAUUCUUAUCGACUUAUCAACGGUCCUUGUAAUAAUUAUCUUAUUAUAAUAAAAACCGAAAAUUACUUCGUUUCUAUUAGAUAAUUACCACAUUGAUGGUAUGGUGCUAUGUAAAUACUAUUUAUUGAACUAUUAGGGGGUAAAAAAUAAUGAAAUGUAUAAUAAAAUAUAAACUUUAUUGAAAUAUUUAUCAUCGUAUUUUUAUUUUCGAUGAACCUAACGUAAUUAACUAAAAUACACAUGCUUUUACACUUUAUUCAAGAACUGGCAUUGAUGACUAGUCAUGUCAAGUUACAUUGUUUUCUAUACGAACUGGCACGAUCCAUCGGAUGAAGUUACGUCACGAAAUUUUCGACAAACAAUCGGCUAUAAUAUUUACGAAAAACUACUAUAUGCAAAGGAAUUACAGAAAAUGGAGAGUCAUUUUAUUGAAAAAUAUUUUGAGACAUAACUUUUAUCACGGAUCUAAAAAUUAUCACAAUAGAAAGGAACAUUUAUAUCUUGAAGCCUUGAACCAAUGCAAAGUAAACAAAAUUUGCAACUUUCAAUCAUUGUUAAAUUUCAAACUAAUAGCGCUUCUAAAAACUAUUUCUGUUAGGAUUGCAACUUUAUACAUCUCAAUAUUUUGGAUUGUAUAUUACAGGAGUUAAAUCCCUUUUGACCUAAUGCAUAAAAAGUAAUAAAAACUUUCUCUUUUCAUUGUGUAUAAUAAUAAGAACGAAUUUGAUUUAAAUUUCGACUUCAUUUACGUCAUGUGCGUCACUGGCGCCUGUGACUGUGCAUGUUGUAGCAUUUCCAAUCCUGUGUAGUUGUACGCCAAGUAAUCCCUCACUGACAAGUAUUUAGCGCCUCCAAACCAGUCGAUCAUUGCGAUCUGUGCGAUUUUCAACUUUGCCACGAACCAGUUAUGGUCUAUAAUCAACAUAAUGUAAAUUAAAAUCUAUUCAAUAAAAAUAAAUGUGGACAAAAAUAUUAUAUUCACUUGCCUGGAGGGAAGUUAGCAAAAGCCGGAUGUCUUUCGAAGAGAGCCGCUUUGGCAAAUGUGUACUCAGUAGUAUUGUCUCUCACCUAAAACCGAUAA